UCUCAGAGUUAACCAGCAAGGAACACCUUCCACUAAAGGUCCUAUGUUUCACACAUCUGUGCACAGAAAACCCGUCAAAUGGUUCCCACGCACCGUCACAGCCGCCGAAAACUAUCCACGGCAAGUAGAGGUCCGGCCACGGUAAUUCGUAAAGUACAAAGUACUACGCAUGAAACACCUUCCGUAAAAGUCCCUAGAAAUUUACAACUUCCCAUAAAGUCGGACUUCCAUGCAUCGGUUAGUUUCAGAAAUUAACCGUAGCAAGUAGAAAUCAGGCACCGAAAAAUCCGUAAGGUACAGAGUUAAAAACCUGCAUAGAGACCUUUUACAAAGUCCUAAAAUUGCACACAACAUGGAAAAACCAAGGAACCGGAUACGGAAAAUUCACAUUCUCACGAUCUUUAAAGGAAGUUUCUUAAAUUAACCGUAGCAAGUUAUGGACUGGACCCGAAAAAUCCGUAAGGUGGAAAAUCCUGAAAAACUUCAUUCAACCAACCACGCACAAAAAUUCCCGCCUGUGUUUCAUCUGUUCGACCCACUGUGCCAUGUGCAUAAGGGCUCAAAACUCGGAGCUCGGAACUCGGGACUCGCACUACCUCCGAUUAUAACUUAUAACACCAACGAGCGAGAAAAAUCUUGUGGGAAACUUGAGGGCAAAGUGUUUCCCACGAUUCGAAUGUCAGUGGAAAGGAAAACAGAGAAGCAGCAUGUGCAACCACCGUCGCACCACCACCACUGCACCAUCGCAUCUUCAUCCCCUGCCAAGACUCACUUACAGCAAACACAGUUGGGAUCACAACAAUACGACUGGAAAUGGUUUUUAAAGAUCUUUAGAGAAAAACCCACCACCGAAAAUGCAGGCGAGAGGAUCGUGUCCCAGUGA